AUAUCCGGUCUAGGCGGCAGCAGCAGCUUUUAUUCUCAGGCCGGGAAACUGACAACAAGCGAAGAGAGAAAAACAGAGAAAUUGGCCGUAGAAUCUUUAUCCAUCCUUCCUUGUUUCUCUAUCCGGUGGAAAUAUAUCGAUCUGUGUGAUCUGAAGUGACAGUUACACGUUCAACUGAAACAGACGGUACUGAGGACGAGGUGCAAAGACAAAUUUCCAUACUCGAUGACAUUACAUCGCAAUGUCCGAUCGUUUGGGGCAAAUAACCAAGUCCAAGGAUGGGAAAAGCAAGUAUUCCUCGCUCAGCCUAUUUGACAAGUACAAAGUAAAGUCAAUAGAAACCCAGAAAACCACAGUUGUUGCUCGUCAUGGCUUACAGAGUCUUGGUAAAGUGGCCGCUGCCCGGCGCAUGCCUCCUCCCGCUCACCUACCGAGUCUGAAGUCUGAGAAUAAAGGAAACGAUCCCAACGUGAUUAUUGUGCCCAAAGACGGAACAGGAUGGGCAAACAAGCAGGAUCAACCCGAGCAAAAGAGUUCUGUUGCAUCAUCAGCUCAGCUGCCGGAGUGGCAGCCGCCGCAGGCUUCACAGAAAUCUGUCUCCAAUCUUCUUCAGAAGCCCACACCCAUAACCAUACAGGAGAGCACAAGUUCAGGUGGACCAAAGCAAUGGGCACAGCUCAAUGGAAAGACAGCAGAUACAGAUGGUUUAAGGGCCUCAAGCCGACUGCAGCCCUUCUCUCACGAGGAAUUUCCGACGCUGAAAGCUGCAGGAGAACAGGACAAGGUUGGCAAGGAAAGAAGCGUCUACGAUCCGUCGUAUGGGCCCGGACCAAGCCUCCGCCCGCAGAAUGUGUCAAGUUGGAGGGAGGGUGGUGGGAGGAACCUGCAGCCCUCGGGUCUGUCAGCUGCCCUCUCCUGCGACACAGAGAACAAAAGCAGCAGCUCAGCCGAGACCAGCGCUCCUCUUCCUCCCCCUUCUUCCUCCACCACCACCUCCACUCAGCCCCCUGAUCUGAAGGAGCCGUCUCUUCGGCCCGCUCAGCCCCCUCAGCCCGUACGCAGAGCCCCGUCAGCCCUUCAGUACCAGCAUCACACCACGACCACCUACCACGAUAUGCUGCCUGCCUUUAUGUGCCCUAAAGAGACCCGUGAGACCCUGGGCUCCUCUGAUCACGGCCCGCCCGCUGUGGUUGCCCCUGUGCACUUUGAAUCGCGCUUGAACUUCAGAUCUGCGUUUCCUGCACCAGAGCCCGUCAACGGUGAUGUAAGGAGAGAGAACCGAUUCCCCCGCGCGCCCCCUCGACCCACCACUCGACCGAUCCGCCGCCAAGGAGAUCGAGCCCCCCGUCCUGCCAUUAUCAACCCUGAUGACCUGAAGGACCUGGAUGAACUGGACAAUGACUGUGAAGAUGGCUGGGCAGGUCUCCAUGAAGAAGUGGAUUACAGUGAGAAGCUCAAAUUCAGUGAUGAUGAGGAAGAUCACUCGCCACGUCUGAAGAAUAAGAUCUGGGACGAUUGGGACAACGGUCACCAGGAACAACAUUCAUCUCAGAGCUCUGGAGAAGCGGUGUACCCACAUGAUGCUGAGGAGGAACCAUACUCACGCCACCCAGAGCCCCUGCCUUCCAGAAAAACCAAUGGACGAAUCUCUUCUGCCGAAUCUCAGCCUCAGCAGAAGAUUAAUGUAAGCAGUGAGUCUGCAGAGGAGCCAGAGGAACCUCAGCGUCAGGCACCUUCUCGUGGGAAGUUCAUCUCUGCUGAUGUCUCUGAAGCGGUGGAGAGGGCCCGCAGACGGCGCGAGGAGGAGGAGAGGAGAGCUCGUGAGGAGAGACUGGCUGCCUGUGCGGAAAAACUCAAAAAACUGGAUGAGAAAUUUGGCAAGACUGAGAAACCUGCACGUUCCCUAGAACCUCAGAGAGAGGACAAGGAGCUGACGCAGUCUCCAGGCAGGAAGACGUCUAAAGUGCACCAGGACAGCUUUCAGUAUGUUACUAAAGAAGCGUCGGAUACACCCGCCGAGUCAUCCAGUCAGGACUACAAGGAUGAAGGUUGUGAUUAUCACAAUGAUGAUGAUGAUGAUAGCCUUGAGGCCACCUCCCCUGUCCCAGAAUACAGCCGUCACCAGAAGCCGCUUCCACCCCGAUUCCAAAAACAACAUCAGCAGGAGCAGAUGUAUAAGAUGCCAUCAUGGCAACAGUCGAGUCACCCCUCCCAAUCCAGCUCGGCUCACUCUUCUCAGAGAGGUUUUUACCCCACUCAAGUUUUGGGCUUUGACCCACGGUGGAUGAUGAUGCCUCCCUACAUGGGUUGCUCUGUGGAUUACUAUCCUUCUGGGGUUCACACAUCUGGAUUGGUGAAACCUGUCAUUCAACAAGAGCGCCUCAAUAGCCCCAGUUCUGCCUCAGACGAAGGCUGCCAUCCCAGCAUGCAUCAGGAGAGGAGGACGCCAUCCGCUGAACCUUACCAAGUGUGGAGCCAAGAUGGCUACCCAUCUGCCCGUAGUUUUACCCCACCGUACCAGAGACAACACGAGAACAGCGACAGGAGUCAGACAGACAACAGGAGUGACAGGUCAUGCUCUAGACAUGAUUCUUAUGAGGAGCGAGGUCACGAUCGCGUAGACAGUCCUGCGGAGGAACCGACUCAUCAAGGGUUCCGUCAAGGCCGAAGUGCAGACGUUUCGCUCGGGUCACAGCGAGACGUUUCCCACGAAGUACUGAGCAGGAAUCAUCCUGGAGAUGGUGACUUCUCUAAAUCUGACCACAGGGACGUCUCGUCUAGUAGACAUCAGAAAGACGCCUCUGAAUCCCGUGAUGAUGGAUUCGAUUGCAAGGACAACAGCUAUGAUUCGGACUUCUGGAGGAAGGACUCCGGUCUGAAGAAAGAUGCUGGUGGUCAGUGGCCAAGCAGCGGUAGCGUUAGCCAAACGUCUGAUUCCAGUAGUAGGACUUUCAGAAGGACCGGACCCAUCAAGAAACCAGUGCUAAAACCCUUAAAGGUCGAAGACAAGGAAAACGAAAAGCCCAAAUCGGAACCUGAGGAGAAGCCUGUCCCCUAUAGGCUGGAGAAAGAAGUGGUAACCAAUGUCUAUGACCUGAAGAGAGAUGCCCCACCUCUGUCUAACAGACACUCUGCCCCAUCACAUGUUGCCCUUAGCGAAGAUAAACAGGUUGAACCUCCUAAAGUUGAGAGAACGAGCAAACCACUAGAAGGGUCACACAAAGAGAACUGCUGGGAUGUUGUGAAGUCUCAGUCUGUAGACAGCUCAGACAGCAGAGAGCCACCAGUGCCACGACGCACCAACUGGAUAUUCAUUGAUGAAGAGCAGGCAUUUGCCGGUGCCAGGGGAGCGGGCAGAGGACGUGGACGGAGCUUCAGAGACUUUAAUUCUCGCGGUGGAGCUCGCGGAGGAGGACGUAAUGACAAUAACAGAGGAGCCUACAACAACACCGUCUCCCAGAGAGCCGCUCGGGGCCGUGGAGGUCGGGAGUUUAGAAACGAGGACCCACAGAGAGGGAAACCCCGCAGACGCAAUGCCAGCGAAACGCAUAGCGAGACCUCCGAAUACGAGGAGCAGCCCAAACGCCCGCGUCAGAAGGGUGCAGAGAAUGGAGAGGCGUUGUACCCGCCGUCUGCGGACGUGAAACGGGCAGACAGAGAAUCCUGGCGAUCAAACCGUGUCUACACUGACGAUCAGAGCGCCAACAACGAUUCCAGGGACAGGACGAAAUCCUCGAGAGCUUUCGGAAGGUCCCUACCCCCUCGUUUCAAUGCCGGAUACAACCGUGGGUUUGGAUCGAGGGACAUUUCUACUUGGAGAGGAAGAGGAACUCAAUUCGGAAGCAACUCGACGCAAGAGAACGGAUACAACUUCAGCACAGAGUCCUAUUCGAGGCGCUCAUCGGAGCGCGAGGCAUUAAAAUACCCCCCAAAAUUUACCGGAUCCUUUGUAGAGAAUGGCGUGGAAGACCGCGAAGCUGGCUACUAUCUAGAUGGCGAUAAUCCUGACAACCGGCCGUUGAGAAGGCGACGUCCCCCCCGUCAGGAUAAACCUCCACGUUUCAGGCGACUGCGUCAGGAACGUGAAGUAGGAGGUCAGUGGAAUAAUGAAGAUUAUGUUAACGGUGACAUUGCCAACCCGUGGCCGGGUCGUUCUAAGGGUGUGGAGGAGCACUGGCCCAACAACUACUCUGAAGGAAAGUCAAAAGAGGUCACGGUUCAGGGUGAGGAUUGGGAGACGGGCUCAGAGAACAGCGAUUUCAAUGAAUGGAGAGAGAAACGAGGAGGAGGGCAGCACGUUGAUGCGCUGACAGACGUGAGCCACGGUGAAGAGAAGAGAGAGCUUUCCAAACGAAGUUUCUCUAGCCAGCGUCCGGUUGCUGAUCGACAGAACCGGAAGAGUGACGUGUCCAUCGAGAACAAGUUAUCUCGCUCUGCAGACAUCACAUCGUCUACAGGUUCCUUGAGUAAAAGUGAGACCUGGCAGAACGGCGUCUCUUCCAACACCAAACGUGUUCCAGAUGAAUCGGUUCAGAGCUUGAGCUCUGGCUCCGUGUAUAGUGUUGAACAAAAUGAGGACAAUCUUUCCGUCAGCACGAAUGAAGCCACAGGAAAGAUCACAGAGAAAGAUCUGAAACCCAGAAGUUUAAAAGGGGACAUGACCGAAGCGUUGUGUCAAUAUGACCGAAACACUUAUGCGGUUGAGAGCGACUCUGGAGUGUCUGUACCGAGUCCGGAAGUUUUCCAGGACAGCCUUUCCAAAAAGCAACGCCGUCCGUUGGAAGACGACCGCAGACGUAAAGAGCAGAGCGCUCCAGUUUCGGUAAAGAACCGAACAAUCGCUUCCAAAAUACCUCCACGAUUCGCCAAGAAGCAGGGCAGUAUGUCCCUGGAUCAGCCUGAAGAGACUCUGUCUGCCAGCAGCUUAGGAACGGAAAUCUGGGAGUCGAACAGCACAGGUGGGGAUUCAUGGACUAAACAGGUUUCUUACACAGCGAGUGAACCUAAUUCAGAGAUGGUGUGUGAGUGGACUGUGGGUUUACCGUCAGAGACUGGCACUAACAUGAAGCACUCUCCGGUGUGCCAGGAUUCAGAUCCGGGGCCCGAGCAGAAUAAAGAGCACAAGCCCGGCCCCAUCGGGAACGAGCGCUCGCUUAAGAACCGCAAAGGCUCCGAGGGAAUGGAGCGUCUGGAGGGUCCCAUCACACCGGUCAAUGGAGUGGACAUUCACGUAGAUAACGUCAUUCCCGUCCCACCCAUUGAGUUUGGUGUCAGUGCGAAGGAUUCAGACUUCAGCCUUCCUCCAGGGUCCACACCGGUGCCCGUAUCUAACCCCGUCACCAAACUUCAGGACGCGCUCGCCGGGAACGCGAGUCUGACGCAGGCCAUCCCGAUGCUCCGCAGAGAUCAUCUUCAGCCCGCUAUUAACCUCAAUCCCAUCAGUUUCCCCACUGCAGACCUCACGCUAAAGAUGGAGUCGGCACGUAAAGCGUGGGAGAACUCUCAGGCUCUUCCUGAACAGGGCUCUCCAGGGGCCGCCGGCUCCGGUGCCCAGCCGGCCUGCAGCGUGGGUUCCUCCAGCGGUGUCAGUUACAGCUCGUUCGGGGGAGUGUCUAUGCCUCCCAUGCCUGUGGCGUCUGUCGCACCCUCCGUCUCCAUGCAAGGCAGUCACAUCCCUCCUCUGUAUCUGGAUGGUCACGUGUUUUCCAGUCAGCCUCGACUCGUUUCUCCGUUGACUCAACAGCCAAACUACCAGCAGGCCGGCCCUCAGCAGAUCCCCAUCUCUCUCCAUACGUCUCUUCAGGCUCAGGCUCAGAUGGGUUUACGAGGAGCUCUUCCUGUAUCUCAGUCUCAAGAGAUGUUCAGCUCUAUGCCUCCAUUCAGGUCUCAGGUGUACAUGCACCCAAACCUGUCUCAGCCCAGUCCCAUGGUGCUCUCCGGAGGAGGUCCUCUCAAAGGACCUUACUCUGCUUUUCCCGGCAUGCAGCCAUCAGAGAUGGUGAAACAGCAGACGGGCUCACAUUACCAGCCUAUGAAUGGCAGCCAACCGCUGGUUUAUGAUGGGUCUAUGAAUCAAGCUGGCAUGGCCACCUCACAGCUCAUGGACUCACAGCUCAUACAGGUGACAAUGUCCAUGCCUGGAUCUCAGCUGCGAUACGGUUCGGCCCAGCAGCAUCUCAUUCUGCCCCAAUCCAUUCAGCUCCAGCAGAACCAGAAUCUGUCUGUUGGUGCUCCGCGGCGAAUGAUUCCUCCCGGUUCUCAGCCGCCCGUCCUGACCAGCAGCAGAGAGCACUCGCAGAUGGAUGUGAAAGGAUUUCAGUUCUCGGAUAAACCCACACAUUCACCUGGAAUACCCAGCAGCUCCUACAGGCCCGGUUCUGCCAGUCCCAGUGGAAAACCGGGCGCUCCUCCAGCUAUGGCGUCUCUUCAGGGCCAUUACACACAGCAGGGCAGUAUGGUCAUGCACAUGAGACCACCCACCAGCGGCCCGUUUCCCAAUCCCAUCCAGCGGCCUAUCAUGCAGGUCAACAAGACCGUCAUCAUUCGCUCUCCGCCGUACCCCAGCCAAGGGCGCGAGCCGUCCCGCUCGACGCCCCCAUCCAACCCCGAGUCUGCCAUUAAAAGCCCUGAGGACGGUAUGAAGGUGAAGUCUCUGCGUGAUGUCAAAAGCUCAUCUGUCAUUCCCAGUAAAAUCCAGGAUCAGCUGCCGUCAGCACAAAUCCAAUCUGUUCGAACCGGAGCCAUUAAACCACAGUCAGUCAAAGUGGAGGAAGGCAAAGCCUAAACUUAUGGACCUCAUGAUCACAUGACCCGGCUGUGUUUCUGUAUGUGUCCAGGACUGAUGCACAGGAUCACAAACUAAAACACCCUUACAUAGAGAGAGAUGAAUAUCUGUAUAGUAAAUCUAUAUAAAGAUACAUAGACACACAUGGACUUUUCAUCAUCAGCUUUAUUUAUUUACAUUUUAUCUUACGUUUCAAGUGAAGAAUAACGGUUUAAAUGAUACAGAAACACACAGUAGUGCAUCUCUGAUGGGACGUUCAUGUCAUCUGAAGCUCUAGCGCUGCAGUUUUUACUGGCUACCGUUGAGUUUUAAUUUGUUUUUUAAAUAUAUAUAUAUAAAUAUAGUAAUCAUGCCUAUUUGCUUAUUAUCUAAGAACAACUUUUAUUCAAUAAAAAAACCUUCAAAACUAAAUUUGAGGACAUUGUUCAAUCUAGACACGGAGACUAUGACAUCACAGCGUGAGCUCAUCAUGAAUGAUUGUGUUGUUUUGAUCAUCUUGUGUUGUGUAAAUGCAAAGCAUCAUUUGAGUGACAGCUGAAUAAACCUUCAAAUCUGCACCACAGAUGACGGCGUUUUCUCUCUUUUUGAGUUUUGAUGUCAUCAGAUGAGAUGUCACAGUGUGCUUUAUUGUGGAGGAUCUUUCAGAUGUGUAAGAGUGCCACAAGCAAUAAGAGCCUUACUGUUAAAUCUUCAUUUCCAUAAUGUCAGCCCAUCUAAAGGAAUUGUGUUUUUUUUUAUUGUAAUUGUUGCCGUAUCUUUGGACUUUCUGAAGAGUUUCUGAGCUGAAGAUGUGGUCCUUUAUGUUGUACAGAUCUCAAAUCAUUUAAGAAUCCAAACCCGCCGUCCUUUUCUCUUUAUGUGAACUGCUGAAUGUCUUUAUAAAUCAUUUCUGCUGUGAUGAUGAUGAUUUGCAUUCUGAUCUUUGAAUAUCUGUACAGACGCAUUACUGCUCUUUUCUCUUUUAUUAGUCGUGUAUUUAAAAGGCCAGAAAUGAAUUAACUUUGCUUUUCUUUCAGCUUUUUUAAGGGAUUUUAUUGGCUGCAGAUAUUUAUCAUCCAGUGUUGUUCAUCCUCUUAAAUGUGUGUUGACACUUGAUAUUUCAUCACAAGAGAAAUAAAGCUUCUGUUUUCCCCUAAAAAAAAAACACAAAUUUAUAUUCUUUAUUUACAUUUUAUUUUGGCUGCUUGUCUUAGAAGUGAAAUGCUGGAUAUAAAUGAUGUAAAUAAAUGAAGAACUCACAACAGCUGACAUUUCCUCUCAUGAUCUUCAAAACUGAUGUGAAAAAUAAAAAACUUUGUAAAAAUGA